AUGGUCAACCCAACUAUCUUAUCCAAAAAGAAGAAAUUAGUCGCUGACGGUGUCUUUUACGCUGAAUUAAACGAAUUCUUCACCAGAGAAUUAGCCGAACAAGGUUAUGCUGGUGUUGAAGUUAGAAAGACCCCAUCUAAAUUGGAAGUUAUUGUCAAAGCUUCCAACACUCAAGGUGUUUUGGGUGAACAAGGUAGAAGAAUCCACGAAUUAACUUCAUUGAUUGUCAAGAGAUUCAAAUUGUCACCAGAAGGUAUUGCCAUCUACGCUGAAAGAGUUGAAGAAAGAGGAUUAUCUGCUGCUGUUCAAGCCGAAGCUUUGAAGGCUAAAUUGUUGAACGGUUUGCCAAUCAGAAGAGCCGCUUACGGUGUCUUGAGAUUUGCUAUGGGUGCCGGUGCCAAGGGUGUUGAAGUUGUCAUCUCUGGUAAAUUGAGAGCUGCUAGAGCCAAGUCACAAAAAUACGCCGAUGGUUUCAUGAUCCACUCUGGUCAACCAACCAACGACUUUAUUGAUAUUGCCAUUAGACACGUUUUGAUGAGACAAGGUGUUUUGGGUGUUAAGGUCAAGAUUAUGAAGGACCCAGCAGCCAACAGGUUCGGUCCAAGAGCUUUGCCAGAUGCUGUCAAGAUUGCUGAAGCUAAGGACGAAGAUGAAGUUGUCCCAGCUCCAUACGUUAAGAACUACAAACAACAACCAGAAGAAGUUGCUGAAACUGAAGCUGUUGAAGUUGAAGCUUCUGCCUAA